UAAACCUAUAUAAAUACGUUAUUAGCAUAAAUCGUUCUAACAGUAAGUAACAAUGCGGCGAACCGAACGGAUCAGCAGCAGCGGCAGCUUUAAAGCCUAUCAAUGUUUCGUAGUCUCGCUAAUGGCGCUUCGCCUUGCAACAGCUCAGUAUGCAUCACCCACGUAUAAUGGACAUUCAUUAAACAACAACAUUCAACUGCAAUUGCAACGGCUGGGCUAUCCCGAUGCUCCAUUGACCUACAGUCAGACCUAUUCUGCACCUGUGCAGUCCAGGUGGUCUGGUGCGCCCAUUGUUGUCAAUGACGAGGCGAAUAUACUUCAGCAGCAGGAGCGUCAAUAUUCGCCCAUUAAUUACUACAACAAUAGAGAGGUCUAUGCCACGGUGAAGCCGGACAACACGAACCCGUAUUGGUUCAGCAACAGCAACAACAACAACAAUCUGCCGCCCACGCGUGCUGCCAAUCACAAUUACAGCAACAACAACAACAACAAUGACAACAACUAUGGCGCCUACUACUACACACAGCCUCCAGGCCAACAUGAGCUGGACCAACGUGAGCUGCUCACUGUCGCUGAUACCCGGCGACCAGAAGACCAAAUAGUUCGCAUUGGAGGCAGUCGCUCCCUGGCUUACAACAACAACAACAAUAUCUACAGAAACAAUGAAAACUAUGAUGAAGCUGCGCUGUUGCUGAGCCAACGAGAAUUUCAGGCAAAAUAUGCCAAACACUAUUCCGACUAUUUGCGCAAAUAUCCCCGAAGAUUGCAGCCACAAUAUUUCAACACAUUCAUUGACAAAUGAUUAGGAAUUGGUUGUACUCCAAACCUUAUUUAAAGUGUGUCAGCUGAAUAGUAUCCAAAGUGCCAAAAAUACCAUUUGCCGGAGCGUGUGUGCCAAGUAUCUUAAUAGUUGACUAAUCCAUGCCAAGCACAACAAUACAGGGAACGACCC